AACGAAGACAGUGUUGUUCGUUAUUUUUUGGUAGGAAAUUAGGAAUAAAAAUAUUGGCAACACCUAGAUCAUAUGACAGUCAGUCUAUUAUUUUCCAUCAAAAUGGCUAUACGGGUGGAGGCUUGCUGUAUUUUCCUUCUUUUAUCAAUAAUCGGCAUCAAUGCCGCGGGCCAACUCGCAAUUCUUCACCACCCUGACUCCCUAAAAUUUUCGGGCUCUGAUGAAAUUCGGGAAAGCGUUUUGAAGGAAGUAUUCUCUGCGUCGUUGGGUCUAUCUACUGAACAAUACGGAUAUUGGGAUGGUUUGUACGUCCUUGACCCGUUUGAGACUCCUGAGGCGGCUGUAGAAGUUUAUGUCGAUGGUGUCACGAGUCUUGGCGAUUUUGCUGCCAAAACAAGGACAUAUCCUUUAUCAGUAGAUGAGUAUGAACCUGAUACAUUUGAAUCUGUAAAGGAUAGAAUUCACCAGAGAUUCUCCACUGACAGUAAACUUGUUAACAUUCGGCUGUCCGACACAUAUGAGUUACAAAAUUACAACAAUGUUUUUGGUGACAUCAAGAUACCUAAAGUACCUAAACAAACUUUGAACAGCCUGAAACCGUCUGUCGAGGAAGAUUAUCAGUUCCUUAGUGAACUUGAAGCUUUAAAAUCAAUUACUUCAGCUGUAAAAUAUAAUUUGAAACCAGACAACAAAAUUGACUUCUUCAACUUCCGCUUCAGCUCACUGCAUGCCCUCUCUGACUUCCAUGGCCCUAAUUCACUACAGACUAAAGAAGCAAAGAAACUUUUGAAUGAGGCCAUUAAAGAGCUGAAUGAUGCAUUUGUGAAAGCGUACGAAGGUCGCGUAGUGUUUGCAGUGGUCACUACAGAUGUGGCGCACACCAGGCGUACUGUUCGCGCAUCUGGAAACCUUAAGGAAAAUACUGUCACCCUGACCGACGACAGUGCCGACUACCCCGUGAUUUUCAACAUCAUCUUAUGGUUCGGCGUGGUAAUGGUGUUCACUAUGAUUGCGGUCGUGUAUGCCAUCAUGGACAUGGACCCUGGCAGAGAUUCCAUCAUCUAUCGCAUGACCAGCACCAGAAUGAAGAAGGAUAACUAAUUUAGUUUCAAGGAUUGUAGGAUUCUUUAAAUUAUAAAUCCUUAAUAGCUUGUUAAGACUUAAAUAGAAGUAGUUGCAACAGUUCACAGUAAUAUUUGCUCCUGUAUAAUAUAUGGAUAAUUUGUUUGACGAAUCUAAAAAAUAAACUGGUUUUACAAAAUGCGCAUAUGAAUUGCUUAUUGUUAGUAUAAGUGUAACUUCGUUAUUCUUAAGUUGUAAAUGAAAAUGUUGAAAAUUUAAUUAUUUAUUUUAAAGUUACCACUACACCACUGUUUAAAUGUUAGGGGAGUGUUAUUGCUUAUUGGAUAUUUUCUGCAGGGUUCAGGGAGACCACAGUAUCAGAAGUUUCUAUUAUACUUUGAUCAAUCAUAAAGUCAACAUUUCAUGAAUUACGCUGAUUGCUACAAAGCAUUCCAGUCUAGUAGUAGUAUAGAAAUAAUCUAUCUAAUUGGAAGCAUAUAUGUAUGCAUUGGAAGCAUAUGCAUUGGUCUCAUAGCCUGGUGGGGAUUCUAAAAACUUCUGACCCUAGUAAUUUCCCUGUGUCUGCAUAAGUGUAGAAAUGCUGUCUGUUUUAAGAAGAAAUAAUAUAUCGUGUAUCAGUAUUAAAAUAAGUUUAACAUCUUUACCACUGCCUGCCGGCGAAGUUUCAUGUUUCAUAAUAUUAAAUACAUUCCCUUUCA